UUGUUAUUAUCAGUUCAAAAAGUUGCUUACGUCAAGAAGAUGAAUGAAGUUGAAGAUGCAUUUAAUGAGGUGAAACAAGUAGCGGCUAAGAGUAGAGAUCCGAGCUAUAUUGAGAAUUAUUUUGAAGAAUGGAAAAAGGAUGCUAAGUGUUAG